AUGUCUCGCAAGGUCACAGUCGCUGUCGCUCAGGCGAGCACGCAGUCAACACUAGCUGCUACUUUGGAUGCUUUGCACCGAGUGACUCGCCACGCAGCGGCCCGCGGCGUCCACUUGAUUCUGUUUCCGGAAGCUUACUUGGGUGGUUACCCGCGGACAUGCGAUUUUCGCACAGCAGUCGGUUUCCGCUUGCCUCACGGUCGCGAUCAAUUCCUAGAGUAUUUCAACUCUGCCGUUGACCUCGGUGAUACCCCGGCUGGCGCAGGCGAUGACUGGGUCAAUCGGAAACUACCUCUGCCGCGGAAUAAGGAUUACCGCGGUGAUGGUACUCGUGAGACCCUGGAGAGAAUUUCCAGGGAAACGGGUGUCUUCAUUGCAUGCGGUGUGAUUGAGAAAGCGGGUGGCAGUCUGUAUUGCUCCGCAGUCUACGUUGAUCCCCGCGAUGGCAUGCUCGGGAAAAGAAGAAAGGUCAUGCCGACGGCUUCUGAGCGUCUCAUCUGGGCUCAGGGCUCGCCUUCCACCCUCAAGGCCGUCACGACUGAGCUCAACGGCGUUAAGCUGACCAUUGGUGCCGCUAUUUGCUGGGAGAGCUUCAUGCCCAUGCUUCGUCAGAGUCUCUAUGCCCAGGGCGUCAACAUUUACUUGGCUCCUACAGCUGACAGCCGUGAUACCUGGCUUCCUCUGGUCCGGACCAUUGCUGGUGAAGGCCGCACAUUUGUUCUCACGGCUAAUCAAUGCGUGCGGCGACGUGAACUCCCCGGCUGGAUCACUAAAGCCGGUUCCAAGGAUGCAGUAGAGAAUGGUGAUGAAUAUAUCUCGCGCGGUGGCUCGUGUAUUAUCGGUCCACUGGGAGAGGUUGUGCGCGAGCCGAUCUGGGAGGUGUGCACUGACGAUGCCGCAAGCUCUGAAGACUUGAAUGAUCCUGCUUUGGAGGCCGCAGUGUCUAUCUCGGAGAUUGACUUGGAUGAUUGUGACCGAGGAAAGUUGGAUCUUGAUGUGACGGGGCACUAUUCGCGAAACGACGCCUUCAAGUUGACUGUGGAGGGCUUGGACUUGAACCCACCUCCUUUUCAUCCGCGACCAUGCAGUAAUUGUGUCCAAGCACAUGCCGCAUGUGUUGCGAGCCAAAAACCGUCUAGGGAAAGUCGAGUCAAUCCGGAAUAUGCGCGAGCUCUCGAAGAGCGCAUACUCGAGCUUGAAGCCGAGCGAGAAGCCGGACGCGGCGCUAGCACUUCCGGGGGAGCUCCUCCAUUCCAAUCAUCUGCAAAUGUUGUAGGAAGAGCUGCUAUCUUUGAUAGACUUCGACUCCAUUUGCAGAAAGAUACGCCUGCAGAACACUCACCAGCUGCGGUUAACAUACUACAGGCUGAAAGCAUCCGAUCACCAAACACCUCGUCACUACCUAUCCCCACGCCACCUACACAGGCCUCUCCCCCGGAGCAACCAGCAACGCGAGCAGAGUACGAUGAGACUGGGAUCUCGUCAGACAAGCAAAAUGACCUUAUCCGGAUCUUCUUGGAGCGUGUCAAUCCUCGAUACCCGUUCCUUCAUGAGGAGACGUUCGUCAACUGGUAUGCGGCAUGGCGAUGCUCGAAACAAUCGAACCAGUCACUACCGGCUGAAGAAAGAUGGAAAGAGUUCUUUGUGAAAAUGGCCUUUGCGGUCAGCCUGUUGAUAGCUCCGCAAGUAUCACCAGAGGACAUGAAAACCUCGCAGGUCCUAUAUACAUUAGCGAUGCCAUUGCUCGGGACUGUUUUUUUGUGCCUUGAUCCAGUUCUGCAUGUGCAAGCCUACCUUCUUUGCACGUUGCAUGCUCUUCAUUCUCCUUCAUCGCAGACGGUCCUUACAAUGAUAUCCGCUGCAAUGCGAUGUUGCGUAAUCGCCCAGUUGCACCUGGCUGCGCCGACGAGCAGUAUUCAGGAUGCGUCAGCGUUGCUCGAUUUACAAAUACGGCGUCGGGUCUUUUGGUCUGCCUACGCUAUUGAUCGUCUGCUUAGCUGGAUAUACCAUGUCCCAUGCAGCCUGGUUGACGAGAAUAUUCAAGUCGAGCCUUUCGCGAACCUGAAUGACGACGAAAUAAAAGCAUUGGCAUCAAGAAGCAACCAACCGAAUGAGGCCGAGUCGACUCCCCGUAUAACGCAAGUCUCCUCUGCAUUGCAUCUGCUUCGAGGCAGAAGGAUUCAAUCACGUAUUCUCAGUACCAUGAUGCGCACGGAUUACGAACACCGCUUUGCAGCAGACCACAAUUGGCGUCUUCACAUGCUGGAGGCGUUGGAUCAAUGGAAGAUGCAGCUGCAACCUCACAGCGACCCGGCUUCCGAGGGAUACACGAGCGAAGGCUGGGUGGGGAUGCUUUAUAAUUACACCAUUCUUAUCGUCUACCGACCCACAAAGGAGAAUCUGAGUCGGUUCGUUGGUGAGCGCUGCAUCAGGGCGUGCUCCAACAUCUUGCACACAUUUUGGAUGUACCUUAAGAGACGCCAAACAGCGCAACUUUGGCCCGGUCUCUUGAGUCAAUUCGGAACCGGCAUUAUUUUGUUGUAUUGCCUCUGGGCAACACCACCCGCAGAAAGGUCCGCAUUGUACCAGUCUCCGGAGGUCGCCAAAGCGAUCAGAACUUGCACCAUCAUCCUAGCAGUUCUCUCCGAACGUUGGGCACAAGCCGAGAUACUACGAGACGUGUUCGACCUUCUAGCAGACUCAGUCCCCGCACACGGUUCUUGCGUAGAUGGAGAUGGACUAUCGGCGCAGGCAAAGGAGACUAUUCAGGCUCAGUUGCCGAUGCUGCAUGCUAUCGUCGUGAACAAAGACAUACUACGAAUGAUGACGGAGAUGGUCACUGAGGACCGCCCUUGGACAGGUCAUGGUGAGGUAACGAACGUCUACCGAUGGUCCGAUGAAGACAAGCACGAUGCCAAUGGCUGUACGGUGUGCUGGGAGGGCAGAUCUAUGGGAGAGUUGGAAAGCUAUCCUCAAGAGGAUCUGCUGUUGGGUUUGUGGCCUUUGUACGAUGAUACUGGUGAGGUGGCUUCACCUGGGGAGUACCCAUACUUUCCUGGACUAUUAGGAUCUAUGUAG